AUGGCGGACGUUCGCAGCUUCACCAUACGACCGGUCACGAAAAAUGCUCGAAGCGACCUCAAAGAUGCAUUCCGCGUAUACCUAUCUUCCUCCUCACUCGCUGCUCUCCGACUUCGCGCCGACGAUCUAUGCGUACUUAGCUCCGCGGAAAGACCUCCCAAAACCGCGAUCGCUUGGACCGCUACAGAGAAUAUACAAGCUACAGUUGUACAGACAUCUAAGGCUCUCCAAGAAAGCUAUGGAAUGAAAGUUGGAGAAAAAGUCGCCAUUACCAAAAUCGACGGCGCUCUUGAGAAAAUUCUCUCCGUUAACGUGACGGAUUGUUCCGAUGCGGAGAAGAUCGAGAGAUUUGGAGCUAUCUCAGCUGAAGAACGAUGCCAUUGGGAAUGGGCAUUGGAGUUUCAACUUUUGAGAUGCGAGGUUCUUUCUAAGGGACUGACAUUUGAUCUUGAACUCAAGGGUCAGCGCCGAAGCUUCCAGAUUGUGAAUAUUCAUUCUGAAAACCCAAGCUCUAGCCGUACUAUCUUUCGCUUCACAGAUAAGACUAAGGUUUCUAUCGGGGCUAUGAUCGAAGAUGCUCCAAAGACUACCUCUCGAAUCUGCGUUGAGCCCACAGGACUCGGCGGCCUUUCGCGACAAAUUAACGACCUAAAUGAAAGUCUCUCCGAUCUCAAUGUGGAACCUUAUAGUCCAGUCAUGCCUGAUUUCUAUGAACACAGCCGUGGAAUCCUUAUCUACGGUCCUAAGGGAACGGGUAAAACCUCUCUACUUCAACAGCUUGAAAAAGCCGGCUGGCAACGAGUCUUCAAAAUCAGCACCGCAUCACUUGGUCGGAAUAAUCAUGAAAGCGAGUCAAAGCUGCGCACUAUUUUCCAAGAGGCUGCGCGCUCAAAACCCAGUGUGAUCAUCAUUGAUCAAUUGGAUUUCAUCGCUCCUAAAAAGUCAUCCGCUGAAUCAUCAUCCCUAUCCUCGGUUCUCUGUGAAGGUCUAGAUGCACUGAGAAGUGCUUCUGUCCUAGUUGUAGCUGCAACAAGACAUCCCAACAAUGUGGAUGAUGCGCUACGAACGCCUCAUCGCCUCGGAACAGAGAUCGAGAUUCAGGUACCCACAGCACAGGAUCGAGGUGAGAUCCUACGCGCCAUUCGUGGACCAGCAUCUAGUGGACUGAAUGAUGAAUUGAUUGAACUGCUUGCCGAAAAGACCCAUGGUUAUGUCGGGGCGGAUUUAUUCGCUCUUCUUCAGACCAUUUGUCGGAAAGCUCGUCAACGGCAGAUGCGUGAACACAGCUCGGGAAAUGUCUCUAUAAGCCAAUCGUUAGAGAAGUUGGAUCUGGUUGGUAAUGAAAAUGAGGAAGGUCCAGCUGGUCCUCCUCUCAAUAUCCAGGAACCCGAUAUCUGGUCUGCAUUGCAAGAGAUUCGCCCCACAGCUAUGCGAGAGGUAUUCCUAGAAACACCCAAAGUGAGAUGGACCGAUAUUGGUGGACAGCAUGAUAUUAAAAAGCGUCUCCAGCAAGCAGUCGAGAGACCUCUCAAGCACCCCCAACGCAUGCAGCGUCUCAACGUAAAGAGCAAAAAGGGUGUUCUCCUCUACGGCCCACCAGGAUGUUCCAAAACACUCACCGUCAAAGCCCUAGCCACAGAAGCAGGUUUGAACUUCUUAGCCGUCAAAGGCGCAGAGAUCCUAAGCAUGUACGUCGGUGAAUCUGAACGAUCACUCCGAGAGAUCUUCCGAAAAGCCCGCGCCGCCCGACCAAGCAUCAUCUUCUUCGAUGAGAUCGAUGCAAUCGCCGCGCGACGAAGCAGUUCCUCAUCAGGCGGUGUGAACGUCCUAACAACCCUCCUCAACGAAAUGGAUGGUAUCGAAGAACUAAGGAACGUGCUCGUCAUCGCAGCCACUAAUAAGCCGGACGUGCUUGAUCCUGCACUUAUGCGUCCAGGUCGUCUUGACAAUAUUCUUUAUAUUGGACCUCCGGACUUUGAGGCUAGGAAGGAAAUCUUGCGUAUUUGGACUGAUAAAUCUGUUAUUCAUGAUGAGGUUGAUUUGGAUGAGUUGGCUACUCAGACUGAGGGAUAUUCGGGUGCUGAACUUGUUAGCAUUUGCGAGACUGCGGGUGAUGCAGCGUUGGAUGAGGAGGAUGAAACCAAUCUGGAACAGGCUAUUGCGUUGAGGCAUUUCGAGUAUGCUUUGGAUCAAGUGCGAAGACAGAUUACUGAUGAUGUGAUUCGUGAGUAUGAGAAUUGGCGGGAUGGUCAAAAAUAA